UUACUUUAGCAUAUGCAUGCAUACGGACGAAAAAUAUUUGCAUAUUUAUAUAUAACCAAAUUCCACUUUAUCGGAUAUUAGAUAAGAUUGGGUGGGAUGCACAAAAUAGGGAUCGAAAAUAAAUUUCGCAAACUUGUGUCAGAUCCAUUUGUGUUGUGCAACAACUUUACUUGUAUGUAUAUACAAAAAUAUGUUAAUAUUCUAAGUAAACUAUCUGCAAAACUGUGAAAUUCGUCAUUAGUACAUUUGUGUUCAAUAUUGCUGGAACAAAUCUCAAACAGCUUAAAAAAUAAUUAGCAACAUAAAUAUGUUUCCCGAUGACAGAAAUAGAUGCACAUUCGUAUAAACCACUAGUUUCAAAGGUGGUGUUAGUACAAAUUCUAUUUAUUUUCGGAAACAUCUCCUCAGCCAACCAGGUUGAUAUUCCAUGCGGACAAUUGACGAAUCCACCGAGAAAUACCUCCGACCAGAAAAUAUUUCCCCCUUGGUCCGCAAUUAUUAAGAAGGAGUAUGACAGUACCAGGAACCAAUUGAAGAUUGCUGGAGUGAUCGUUGCUCCAAAUUUAAUCAUGUCAUCUGCAUUUUACUUUGUUUCCAAUUCAACCAUAAUGACCAUUUCGCCGUACAAGUAUUUUGAAGUGACGGUUGGAACUCAUGUUUGGGUACCGGGCGUAGCUGGCGGUGAGGUCAAGAAAUUCAAGAUUUCGCACAUUUCUCUCCACCCAAAAUAUUCCAUUGGAACAUUUUGGUCAAACACGCGAAAUGACCAGAUCCUCUUCCACCUCGCCGAACCCGUCAACAUUUCUGAGCUUGUGCAACCCAUUUGUCUCCCAACAAACCAACAAAUUAUGGACCUCAUUUUAGUUCCCGGUGGAGAAAAUCCACCACCCAUCAUUACCGGAUGGACACAAAAUUACCCGGACGAAUUCUACCUCUAUUUGGACCUCAAGUCCAAAUCGGAGUGUAUCAAGAGGUGGAAGGAUUUAGACAUACCUGAUGUGUACCAGAAUAGGUUUUGUGCAACAGUAAGCGAAGACAAUAAUCAAACGCAAUGUGUGCGUCGCGAUGUCGCAACGAUGCGUCGAUGGAUCGAUGACAAAUUUUACCUCGCUGGCCAAAUGAAUCAACUUUUCAGUCAUAACUUUACCUGCACGCCAGGAUCUCUCUAUUUCUUUAACAUGUUUAAUAUGGAGACGUUCUCUUGGAUUAGGGACACGAUACGAUGUGGACCAUCAAAUUUCACCUGCGGGACUGGAAAAUGUAUCCCCCUGUACAAACAAUGCAAUCGAUAUCGCGAAUGUCCCGACGGUUCCGAUGAGGUUAUCGAAUUUUGCAAAUAUUUAUACAAAUGUCUCCAAGGCGAGUUUUACUGCGGCGCGAGUGAAGACGACAUCUGCAUCCCGGACGAAAAGGUGAAUGACGGGGUGAAAGACUGUCCCAAUGGGGAGGACGAAUUUGACUUGGUUCUUACACCUGGAAAAAUAAUGUUCGGAACGAUCUUGGCUUUACUGACUUUAGUCGUUGGAGGCUACGUGCUCCAGAAGGAAAUUCGCAAAGAGCGAAGGUAUACCAAAUUACGGGACGAAGAAGAAGCAUUCAAUCGCCGCCAGAGAUUGGCCUCCUCUCCCUGGAAAUCUGACCCCUCUCUCGUCCACAUUCGUCAAAUUGGAGAAGGAAGUUUCCCAACCACCGUCCACGAAGCCCAUGACCUCAACCAAGCUCCCUACGCCGUAAAAUGUGUCAGCAUUCCACACACGUUGCAACAUAAUCAAGAAAAUCUUCCCUCCACAUCCUCCGCCCCGGUCGAGGCCGUCAUCAUCGCCGCGGUCAACCUGCUCCUCAACGAGAUCGAAGUUCUGACCAAAUUAAGCGAAAUUAGCUGCGACCAGCUUGUCCGCUAUUACGGAUGCUGGGCAGAGCUUGAAGGUUCUGCCCAGGUCGUCAGUCGGGCAGAACUGCAGGCAUACGUGGGACAAAGUGUGACCGGAGUUUUGCCCACGUUCACAACCAGCAAUACGCCACUCAGCCACAUUUUCAUCAAGAUGGAAUUAUGCGAUUUUACCCUUCAGCGUUACCUCUAUCCGGAAAUAAAUCAACCCGUAAUUAACCAAAACCAAGAUAUUAUUCAGAUCGCGAAAAGCAUAAUUUCAGGAUUAGCCUACAUCCACGAGAGGCAAUACGUUCAUGCUGACAUCAAACCAGGUAAUGUUUUUUGUAAGGCGUUGUCAAGUGAGAAUCGCUACACAUGGAAGAUUGGCGACUUUGGGCUGGCAGCAAAAAUGAUGCCUGAAGGGAUCGAGGGCCCUGUUGGAACGAAAACGUACAGAAGUCCGGAAAUGAUCGUGGGUCAAAGGUACUCUGACAAGACGGACGUGUACAGUUUGGGACUGGUUUUUGUCGAGCUGGUUCAGCAACAUGGAAGCAUGUUCGGAAGGGUGGAUACCUUUGAUGCUAUCAGAAAUUGUCGUGAUGACGAGGAAAGGUUGCGAUAUAUUGGGGGUGAAGUGGCAAUCGGUUCGUAUUCUAGAUUCGUGGAGGUGAUUAACACGAUGUUGAGAGAAAAUCCGGAUGAGAGACCGAGUUCGGAGGAGUUGAAAUGGAUGGAGUUUUAAAGUGUAAAGGUGAUAAGUUCGAAAUUAUGAGAUUUUAAUUUAUUCAAUUUUUUAAUGCAUUUAUUAUAUAAUUGUUUCGUCCUACAAUAAAGCUUAAUUUAAUGAAAUCUAUGAAUAUUUAUGUACUUAUGAAGUCAGUAAUUAAAAUCAGAGUCAAUUAAUAUUCUUAUUUACACGUA